AUGAUGUUGAAUGAUGCCUUCAUGAUGAAGACAAUGGUGACAUUGCCUAUAAAUACAGGGACUAACGUUAUUAGUCUGGAGGCUCAUCAGGACCAGCCCAUGUUCAUAAUACUCGGAGUAGUUACGCGAAAGGAAAGCGGCUUACUAGACGUUGUGACGAGACGGGCCCGGCUCGCUCCUAAUGAGAAACUAUCAAACUCCAACGGCACAUUUGUCUUGUUAAUGCUAAUAUUCUAUUCUCCAGACGAUGCCGCGCCGCCAACUAGGCUUUUAGUUGGACGUGUACCGGUAGUUUACUGUGCGAAGCAUUCGAGCAAUGACAGGGAUUGUUUGCUGAAGAAUCUGAAGCGGUUCAUUAUUCCGUUCCGAGUUAUUUGGCGCCCAACGAGGGUCUACGCGCGCUCGACGGCGAACAUCUGA